AUGUCCGCCACCAGCUUAUCUGAGUCACCUGACGGCCAACUCAGGCAGCCCGGGGAGCAGGUGAAGAUGAAGCUGAGUGGACGAUACCGGAUCCCGCUUAGUUUCGUCGCAAAAUCCGAUGCGACAAGAAAUUUCCCUGUAGAGCCUGCAGGGAAAGGGGUCAAGGUGAUCAGUGUUAUCCUCGAAAUCAGUCAGGCGUUCCAAGAGGUUCAGGAUGAAUUGGUUUCCGUGCGGCAUCGGUUGGCCGAGAUUGAAUCAGCUCUUGGCAUCCGACGCGAGGAGAAUCCAAGUUCAAACAGCGAUGACGGCAUUGACUUUCGGGAGAAUGGACUCGCCGGUGCCAUGGAGGAAGCCGCUUUAGGGAUUGGCCAGAAUCGAAGAUGGCAUGGCGAGGCGCUCAUGGAGGAUCCUGCUCAAUCCAGUCUCUCCAACACCCCGUGGUUCUCUUCGGUUGCAUUCAGUGACUGCCUGAAUGAGCUACCCACGCGACAUCAAUCUCAUAUCCUCCUGGAGGCUUACUGUGAUCGUUUGAAUUGGAUAUUCGGCUGUCUUCAUCGUGGAACUUUAUAUCGACAUCAUGCUACAUUCUGGUCACUUCAUGAGCAGGGCAAAGCCGAGGACAGCAUGACACUGGCUUUACUAUUUGCUGUCCUGAGCGUAUCUGCUUUCUUCUUUGAAGACUACCAAACAUACCCAGGCAUGCCAAACCUGGACGAGAUGGAAAGCCUGGCACAUAAAUGGUUCGACCUCUCUCUGGCCACUUUCUUCCGAUGUGAAGGCAUGACUAAACCUACUCUCACCGCGUGCAAUACAAUCUUGGCCCUUUUCCCUGCUUUCAAUCUUUCUGGGAAUACCCCAAUACAUACAUCAAUGAUGCAACUCUUAAUCGGGAUUGGUAGGUCAACUAAUCUACAUCUCUUGGGAAACGAAAAUUCUGGGUCGUCAGAAAUGGUAUUGAAACGAGACCUAGGCCGUAGAGCCUGGUGGCAGAUUGUGGAAGGAGAGUGGCACUUUCUGCCCUACCAAAGAUUCACUUCUGUUGCGCCUCAUCAGUUCGACACCAGUCUUCCCGAUCUUACAGAUGAAGAAGGUGUUCUCGCAUCGCGCUCAAAGGAAGUUCACUCCCUUUCCUUCCUACUGACUUGCUGCCACUCAUCUCAAAUUAUGUACGACCUCUACGGCACCUUAAGACCAAAUGAGCAUCCGUCAUACGAAGCGAUUCUUCGUGCCUCAGAGAGGCUUGAUGCAUUAUCAAACUCACUGCCAGAGAGAUUGAAGGAACCGACGGAAGACAUCGCUCCAGGGCAGCCUAACAUCGUGCUCGUAUCCAGAUACUUGGCCAUGAUGCUUGCAUAUCGAUCAUAUCUUAUCCAUCGCGCUUUCUUCGUCAAAUCACUCCGUGAGAAGACUUAUGAGAAAUCACGAACGGCAUGUGUGAUUGCGGCUGAGAGAAUACUCUAUAUUGCUCAGAAGGGCCUCCCCUCCGCGCUCGUACGCCUCUGGAACACAACGCUUUGGUUGGUAUCAGCAGGCAUUGUCUUAUCUCUUGACCUGCUUCUGAGCUCUAAGCAGCAAGUCAAUGAAAGCGACCUCGCAUUACAGCGACAGAGACUAUCAGAUCUUGUGAAUCUUCUGUUUGAAGUCCGAGAUAAGUCGGGAAUUGCCGUCCGUGGCGCCAAGCUGAUUUCGCAUCUCUGUUCCAUCGAGCGUCAAAUGACAGCAGAUUCCCCCAGCCACUCGUUCACAAGGCAGGGCAUUAUCGAAGUCCUAAAAACUGGAAAUCUUGGCGAAAGCCAUCAGAACACCCCCCCACAACAUGUACCCCAUGGAAGUAGCUUGCCGCUAUCCGAGCUGACUCCGAACCCAGGCCCUUCCCCAAACACCAGUGCCCCUUUCUACGGAACAGCAUACAAUAACAAUUUUCAAAGCCCCGAAUUCGCGUCUCUGAUCGGAGGGGCGAGGCUGAUAUCUGAGAAUCCAGUGGACUUUUUCGAGCCCAACGGGAUGGAGCUGGAUUUCUCCCAGCUUGACAACAUGUUCAAGAAUAUUGUUGAUAGCAUGUAA